AUGCAGCGCCGCACCAGCACCACCAGGCGGCGCACCGCGGCCGUCGUGGCCGCCGUCAUCCUGGUCGUCUUGCAGCUGAGCGCCUCGGCCGACGCGGCGGCGUGCGCGGGAUGCGACAAACCUCCGUUCAUCUGCGACUGCAGCGGCAUCAAGGGCAAGCCCGGCGUGCAGGGCGUGGGCGGCAUACCGGGCAGCGAGGGCCCGCCCGGCGAGGUGGGCCCCGACGGGCCCUUCGGCAGUCCCGGCGAGAAGGGCGACAUGGGCGAAAGGGGCGGCGUCGGUGAGAAGGGCUACCGGGGUGAGACGGGGCUUCCAGGAACCAGGGGUGCUCCAGGAACACCGGGAGCCUUCGGACCCGCGGGCACGACGGGCCCCGACGGACUGGACGGCUGCAACGGCACGGACGGCAACGUCGGUGUGCCCGGCCUGCACGGCUACCCCGGCACCAGAGGCCUGCCCGGGGCAGAGGGCCCGCCCGGACUCAGGGGCGAGCCGGGCGAGGGCGGCGCCAACUCCAAGGGCACCAAGGGCGACGCCGGCGACCCGGGGCUGGAGGGCAGUCCGGGCCUGCCCGGCCUGGAAGGCAUCCAAGGACCCCCCGGCUUCCAAGGACCCUACGGUGACGACGGCUACCCAGGACUGCCCGGGCUGAAGGGCCCCGAGGGCGACCGCGGCGACGACAAGCCCGGCACGCGCGGCCCCAAGGGCGCCCCCGGCGACCGCGGUGACAAGGGCCCGCCCGCCAGGGAGGCGGCCGAGCAGCCCGGCACGGAGGGCCCGCCGCAGAAGGGCCCCAAGGGGUUCCGCGGAGGGCCCGGCGACAAGGGCGACCGCGGCUUCCCCGGGCAGAAGGGCGCGCACGGGCCGCGCGGCUACCCCGGCCGCCAGGGCUACACCGGCAUCAAGGGCCACUCCGGCGGCGAGGGCCCGCGCGGCAAGCAGGGCAGGCUGGGCCGCGACGGCGACCUCGGACCCAAGGGACAGAAGGGCGCGCCCGGCAAGGAGGGGCUGCCCGGCCUGGACGGCAACAAGGGCGAACGCGGUGAGCCGGGGCGCGAUGGACCGCCAGGGCCGCAGGGCCCCGAGGGAAGUCCCGGCGUGUACGACCCCACACUGGACCAGGGCGGCCUCGACGGCGUGGUGGGCAUCCAGGGACUCCCGGGACCGGAGGGGCCGAGGGGGCCUGACGGGAUCCCCGGCAGGAUAGGCGGGUCCGGACACAUCGGACCCCCGGGCGAGCCCGGCCCCCCAGGACGCAUGGGCGAGCCCGGACCCAAAGGCAGCUCGGUGAAGGGCGAGCAAGGAUCUGACGGCUUCCCUGGCGCUCCCGGUCCGCCCGGUCCUUUGGGGUCCGUCGGCAUCGUCGGCCCGCCUGGAGAGAAGGGCAACCCGGGCCUCACCAUCUACGGGCCGCCCGGCGAGGACGGCAGAGCGGGCAUUGACGGCAUCCCCGGGCCGCGCGGCGACCUCGGAGAACCCGGUUUAAGAGGUCAGAAAGGCAUGCCCGGCAUCGGACGCAGCAUCAUCGGGCCGACGGGCGAGCGCGGCCCCAAGGGCGUCGUCGGCGACGAGGGAAGCCCCGGCCUGCCCGGCCUGCCCGGCGCCGAAGGCUACAAGGGCUACCGCGGCGACGACUGCGGCCUGUGCCCGUCGGGACGGCCCGGGCUGAAGGGAGUCAAGGGCGAGCACGGACGCAACGGCUCCAGGGGCGCUUUCGGCUACCCGGGCCGCGAGGGCGAGCCCGGCCCCAAAGGCGCGGACGGCCUGGACGGCAAGCCCGGCCCCAUGGGCCUGGACGGCCUGGUGGGCAAGCCGGGCGUCCAGGGCGAGCCCGGCAGGCCCGGCACCGACGGCAGGGUCAUCUACGCCUUCUCGCAGAUCUUGGCCGGUGACCGCGGCCCCACGGGUCCUAAGGGCUUCCCCGGCAGACCCGGACUGCCAGGCUUGCGAGGCUUCAAGGGCGCCCUGGGCGACGACGGCAUCAGCGGCUUCAAGGGCGCCAAGGGCGAGCCCGGCAUCCCCGGAAGGCCCGGACUGGACCGCCUGCCCGGCCCGGACGGCUGGCCGGGGCCGAAGGGAGACCCCGCCAGCGCCGUGGACCAGUGGGGCAGGCCCAUUUCGCUGCAGGGAGACCCCGGCUGGAACGGAGCGCCUGGCCAAAAGGGAGACCAGGGUGAAAAGGGAGAGAGAGGUGUGUCCGGCGAUUCGGCCCAAUACACCUGGAACCUGAAGGGCGACCCUGGAGCUCCUGGACUGCCUGGAGACAAAGGUCAGCGCGGCCCCCCUGGCAUCGCCGGCGAGCGCGGCGAGGUGGGUCUGCCCGGUCUGACAGGACGUCGCGGCGCCCCCGGCAUCAGCCCCCAGGGCGCCCCCGGCACGCCCGGCUACCAAGGCAUGCCCGGCGACCAGGGGCCUCGCGGGCCCCGCGGCCAGCCCGGCCUUGACGGCAUCCCCGGCGUCAGCGGCCCGGACGGUGCCAAGGGAGACGCCGGCAACCCCGGACAGGCUGUCCUGGGGGGACCGAUGGGUCUCUUCGGCGUGGCCGGAGAGCGCGGCGACCAGGGCGACGAGGGGCCGCCAGGCCAGGACGGCAGGCCCGGCAUCAUGGGCGACCGCGGCAGCAAGGGAGAGCGGGGCGACCAGGGCCAGUUUGGGCUGCGAGGGCCGCAGGGCGUCAAGGGGUGGCAGGGCGACGCACGGCCGGGCUUCCCUGGGGCUCCCGGAAGCCCUGGUUUGCCGGGGCUGCCGGGGAUGUUCGGUGAACGGGGUCUGCAGGGGCCGGACGGCGAGCCUGGCUACCCCGGCGGCCCCGGUCCCAAGGGCAACAUCGGCUUCCCCGGCCGCCCGGGCCCGGAGGGCGACAUCGGCGUCCCAGGUUUCCCCGGCAUGCCCGGGCUCAUGGGCGUUCCUGGACCACCUGGCCUGGACGGCGACCGCGGGCCAUUCGGUCUGGAAGGUCCCCCCGGCAUGCCUGGCCGCACUGGCUACCCUGGCCUGCCCGGCCCCAAAGGACUCCAAGGCGACCUCGGCUUCCAGGGUGAUCCUGGCCGCGACGGCCUGCCCGGGUUCAAGGGCCAAACCGGAGACGCGGGUCGACCCGGUUUGUCCGGAGCCCCCGGCGACGGCAGCUUCAGUGGCGCGCAGGGAGACUACGGUGACCCCGGCCUGCCCGGCGACAUCGGCUUCCCUGGGCAACCGGGCCUGCCCGGGCUCAAGGGCCAGAUGGGAGAGGACGGCAACGUGACGGAGGCCCUGCAGGGAGAGCCUGGAGAGCCUGGACGCGAUGGGCUGCCCGGGUACAACGGCAGGAAGGGCGACAAGGGCGACCUGGGCGCGUUCGGACAGAAGGGCAUUGCCGGCGACAACGGCCUGCCCGGCUUCCCCGGCCAAAAGGGCCGCACCGGAUUCGACGGGCUGAGCGGCGCCAGAGGCCUUCGUGGACCGCAAGGUCCCGAGGGCAUCAAGGGCGAGACAGGCAUGGACGGCCUGCCCGGCUGGAUCGGCAGACCUGGUAUUCCCGGCGACCCAGGCCCGUGGGGCCCAGUGGGCCCGCAGGGUGGGCCUGGUCCGAAGGGCUUCCAGGGCGACCCCGGCGUCAACAGGGCACUCCUCCCGGGCACCAAGGGCGACGAGGGCGACGAAGGACACCCCGGCCAGCGCGGACUCACGGGCCUUCGCGGAGAGCCCGGCUACACUGGAUACCGCGGCGCCAAGGGACAACGCGGUGACCAGGGUCGCGACGGCGAGCCUGGCGACAUCGGCGAGUUCGGCCGCCCUGGACUUCCUGGAGACACCGGUCCCCAGGGUCUGCCCGGGCUGCCCGGCCAGAACCCCGAGCCUGGCGACCGAGGCCGUGACGGCUUCCCUGGCUUGCCCGGCAUGCCCGGACGCCCCGGCCAGAAGGGCGCCCCCGGCGACUUCGGCCUCGAGGGCCAGCCCGGCGCCCCCGGCACCCCCGGCAUCUCCAUACAGGGCGAGAAGGGUGACGUCGGCGAGAACGGCUACCCCGGGCUUCAGGGCAGACGCGGGCCGCGCGGGCCUCCUGGAUUCGACGGCCUGCAGGGCCAGCCUGGCCUCAAGGGCCUCAUCGGCGACCCCGGCCCCGCGGCACUCAGCUUCAAGGGCGAGCGCGGUGUGGACGGCAUCCCCGGCCUGCCCGGCGCCAACGGCACCAAGGGCGAGCGGGGCGUCGACGGCUACUCGGGCGGCCCUGGGCCCGCGGGCCCCAAGGGCUUCGCCGGCGCCCCCGGGCUGUCCGGGCCAGCGGGCUUACCGGGCAUGCCCGGCCUGCCUGGUCGGAAGGGAGAGCCUGGGGACAUGCCGCUUUACUUCACCAAGGGCGAGCAGGGCGACCGCGGCCUGCCCGGAUUCGAUGGACCUCCCGGACUGAACGGCCUCAUGGGCAAGCCUGGCGAGGACGGCCUUCCGGGACUCCCCGGCGACGAGGGUGACCGCGGCCGCCCGGGCUACCCUGGCGUCAAGGGUCAACGGGGUAUGCCCGGGUCCCCGGGACGACCUGGACCUCCCGGACGAAGAGGAGUGCCAGGCACCCCCGGGCUGGCCGGAGAGCCCGCCCCGCCCGGCCCGUCGCCCGCUAGCCGGGGCUUCUUCUUCACCAGGCACUCGCAGCUCGACGGCGAGCCCGACUGCCCGGUCGGGACGUCCAGGAUGUGGAGCGGCUACUCGCUGCUGCACUUCAUGGGCGACGAGAAGGCCCACGGCCAGGACCUGGGCGCGCCGGGCUCCUGCCUGCAGCGCUUCUCCACCAUGCCCUUCAUGAUGUGCAACAUCAACGACGUGUGCGACUACUCCAACCGCAACGACUACAGCUACUGGCUCAGCACGCCGGAGCCCCUGCCCAUGACCAUGGCGCCCAUUCCCGCCGAGGAGGUCAAGAAGUACAUCUCCAAGUGCUCGGUGUGCGAGGCUCCCACGCGCGUCAUCGCCGUGCACAGCCAGAGCAUGGACAUCCCCGCGUGCCCCGCGGACUGGACCCAGCUCUGGUCCGGGUACAGCUUCCUCAUGCACACGGACUCGGGCGCGGAGGGUGCUGGCCAGUCCCUGGUGUCGCCAGGGUCCUGCCUGGAGCGGUUCCAGCCCACGCCCUUCAUCGAGUGCACGGGCCGCGGCCAGUGCAACCUGUUCACAUCCGCCUUCUCGUACUGGCUGGCCACCAUCGAGGACAGCCUCAUGUUCAGGAAGCCGCGGCAGCAGACGCUCAAGGGCCGCGACGGCGCGCUCUACUCGCGAGUGUCGCGGUGCGCGGUCUGCCUCAAGCAGAGGUACCCGUCGUCGCCCAGGCCGAACGGCGACUCUGCCCUGCCCCCGCCGGUCGCCGAGUUCCGACGGCCGCCGCAGCAGCAGAGCUGGUUCGGCUGAGCGCAGGCCGCACUCGGCGCUGGAGAGGAACAUGUGAUCGAUAGAGUAGUUCUGUGUGCCAUCAACCGACUGGCCGCCCGCAGCCCGCGCCUUGGACAUGGACGCCCACCGGCAGGCCUCUGGAAGGCCUCUGGCAGGCCUCCGGGCGCGACUGGACUUCCCCAGCCCCUAGUCCAAGGGGCGGGGCGCGCCAGAGCGCGGACCGGGGCGGACAGAUACACUAUAGGGGCCGGGAGGGAGGGGUGGGGAGGGGAGGGGAGGGGAGUCUCUGGUACUGCUGGGAGAAUCGAGAGCUGUGUCCAAAAAUAAGGUAACAAAUAAUUUCACUUGCUCUGUGUUGUUGUAAAUUGAUUUGACACCAAUCCAUGUACAAAAAUGCUGCCUUUCGAGAGUGAAUGUUUUGUACAGUACUGAUAGUAACUCUUGACAUUGCCAAAGACAGGCUGCAUCAAAGUGGUCACUCAAAAUAUCAACCCUCUUUCAAUAAUCAACUUUAUCUUUUUUCUCUGGUGACGUACAACUAUUUAUGAUUCUUCUAAGAAGAUGACUGCCUUUGAACCAAGCAUGGAAAACUGCCCUCAGUGUUCAAUUAAGUGUUGCCAAAAAUGUAGUUAAAUAUUAUAAAUAUAUAUAUUUUUAUUUGUACAUUAAGAAAAUGUUGGCUGGCAACUCUAAAGUUCCAUAGACUAGUCAAAUCGUAAGAUGCAACCAUAUCGGAAAGGUGCAAAAUUUACCUCUUAAAUUAAGAGAAAAUGAUCGCAAAAGAUAAGAGUGUACGGCAAUUAUUGUUUUUAUGUUACAGGAUAAGUCUAGGGUAUAAUAUUCCAAAUGUAAGAGCUGCAAGGCUAAAGUGGAUGAAUAAAUGUUCCUAAUUCUAUUUCCAAAAUUUUAUCAGAGCGCCAAUCGAUUGUUGGUCAAAAUAAGUGAAUUAAAGUGCUGUGUUAUUUUAUAUCCAAGAACAUUUUUGUUUUUUUAUAAUGGACCUUUUAUUGUUGCUUUAUUUAUUCUGAAGCUAAAACAGGGUUUAAAGUAAGCCAAUUGAUCACUGCCGAGCUUUAAUUGUAAUGUAAUUGUUAAUAAUAAAGUGUAAGUAAAUCAA